AAGAGCACGCGGCCACACAUCAGCAGCUGAGCAUACAUCAGAAGAAACGAGAGAAAUUGAUUCCCCCGUGUACUCUGUGCAACCGUGCAUCAAUGGCUGGCACAACCAUCGUCCUCGUCCCGUCCUGGGGACCCGGCCACUUCAUGUCCGCGUUGGAAGCAGGCAAGCGGCUGCUCGCCUGCGGCGGGGGCGCCGUCUCGCUCACCGUUCUCCUCUUGCACGCGCCGACGGAAACAUUGGCGUCGGAAGUCGAGGGCCACUUGCGCCGGGAGGCGGCUUCGGGAGAUGACAUCCGCUUCUGGCGACUCCCCGCCGUCGAGCGCCCCGCCGAUUGCGCGACGUACGAGGAGUUCACGUCGCGGUACGUCCAGCUCCACGUGCCCCACGUCAAGGUGGCCAUCGCCGGCUUGACGUCCCCGGUGGCCGCGGUCGUCGUGGACCUCUUCUUCACGCCGCUGCUCGACGUGGCCCACGAGCUCUCGCUGCCGGCGUACGUGUACUUCGCAUCCACCGCCGCGUUCCUCGCGCUCAUGUUGCGGUUGCCGGAGCUCCGGGAGAUCCUGGCUGAUGGGUUCGAGGGCAUGGAGGGAUCGGUGGACGUUCCCGGGCUGCCGCCGCCGGUGCCGCCGUCUCACAUGCCGGUGUGCCUCGUGAACAAGCCGGUGAACUACGACUGGUUCGAGUACCACGGGCGCCGCUUCUUGGAGACCAAGGGCAUCAUCGUGAACUCCUCCGUCGAGCUCGAGGGUGCGGUUCUCGCCGCUAUCGCCGCCGCCCGCCCCGAUCCGGCGAUCCACGCCAUCGGUCCGGUGAUCUGGUUCGACAGCCCACCGCCGGAUCAGCCGCACGGGUGCGUACGGUGGCUGGACGCGCAGCCACCGGUGUCGGUGGUGUUUCUCUGCUUUGGGAGCGGCGGCUACCUCGAAGCGGCGCAGGUGAGUGAGGUCGCCGAGGGCCUCGAGCGCUGCGGCCACCGCUUCCUCUGGGUCCUGCGCGGCCGGCCCGCUGGCGGCGAGAUGCAGUACCACCCGACGGACGCGAACCUGGGGGAGCUACUCCCGGAGGGGUUCCUGGAGGCCACCGCGGGGAGGGGGAUGGUGUGGCCGCGGUGGGCGCCGCAGAAGGACAUCCUCAGUCACUCCGCCGUGGCCGGCUUCGUGACGCACUGCGGCUGGAACUCGGUGCUGGAGAGCCUGUGGUUCGGCGUGCCGAUGGCGCCGUGGCCGCUCUACGGCGAGCGUGUCAACGCGUUCGAGCUCGUGGCCUCCAUGGGCGUGGCGGUCGAGCUGGCCAUAGCAAAGAAGUCCGGGCUCCCCUUCGUCGAGGCGGCGGAGGUGGAGCGCGCGGUGAGGCGUCUGAUGUCGGGCGGCGGGUCGUUGUCGUCGGAUUCGGAGGGGAGGAAGGCGAGAGAGAAGGCCGCGGAGGCGAGGGCCGCGUGCAGGGAGGCCGUGGGGCCGGGCGGUUCGUCGCACGAGGCGCUGCAGCGGCUCGCGCGUAAGAUCGUGGGCCAGAAUUGCCGUCUUUUUUGGCCCAUCUCACACGAAACCCCACCCAGCAUAGCCGAGAGUCCGAGAGACCCCAGGCGGUGGCAACGGCAACGGCAACGGCGCGGCUUACCCAACUUCCACCACCCACCAACCCAACAAAAACGAGGCCGUCUCGGCCCAUCAGCCUCACGAAGCCUCUCUCCAGGGUCACGGAUCUCCGGCGAAACGGUACAAGGCUGUCAAGCGCAAGGACGGUGACUUCUAGUGAAGGCAAAGUACUACGGAAGUAUGAAGUCUGAACUGUUCCCAUUGAAUAAACGGCGUUGAAAUUGAGUACAGGGGAAGUGCACAAGUACACCUCUUAUAAACGUACUGAGAAAAAAUUGGACUACACUUCCGUCGCCAACUCAUUUAAUUUCCGGUUUAUUCC